GGUAGUUGAAAGCUUGUCUUAAGGGUUAGAAAGAAGUCAUCAAGUUGAGACCCAGGGCAUUAAAAAAUUCACACCACCAGCUCUUCAAAAAACCUUUCGAUGGAGGUGGAAAAACGUUCCAGUAACCACUCCUUGUAUCAGUACACGAUUGAAAUGAAUGAAGAACUUGACACCAGUCUGAAAAACAUGACCAGCGACCAAGUAGAGAGAAUGGUUGCCCAGGAAAAUAUGAAAAACCUUGCCCUUAGCUUGAAGAACAAAUCAGAGUAUGGUCACACUGGGUUCAGAUAUGUCCUUGAGGCUCAGACAGAGUGUGAGGAAAACCUUGCUAAACUUACAGAAAACUGUGAUAACGAUGUUGAAGAUGGCAACAAGGACUUCGAAGAUGAUGACAAACAAGUUGGCGGUAGACUCGUGAUUGAUUUAUCAAUGGGACCGUCAAAAUGCAAGACCAACGAGAGUUAUACUCCCCUGAGUGGGGCCACUAAGCGAAAGAGAAAGUCACACAGGGACAAUGUGCAUAUCAAUAAUAUGAAAACAAAAACCCAAACGACAGAUAGCGUGAAUAGUGAAACCAGUGAACCAACUGACCUAGGCUUGAGAGUGAACAAAUCUCAGAUUUCUGAGGAUAUCUCGGAUUGCUGGCAGCCAACAAAGGUAGUCAUUACUGACAAUUAUGACAGCGGCUCUCAAAUUUUGCAAAGUCAUCCUCACCAGUUUCUGCAACAGAAAUGCUUAAAAGAGCUGCCUCAAACUAUGAACAUAAGACAUUGAAAAGUUCAGGAGGAAAAUUGAUAGUUCCGAAAUGCCAUCAGCAUUUAGUGGUACCUCACCUAUUUUAUUUGCCUCUACUCCGUCCAAAUCAAACCUGACCGCUACUAGUACGCCAAUCAAAGAAAACACCAAGAAGAAUCGUCGGAAGAAAUAUGUGCCAAUCAAGUUGGAACAAUCUGAAAUCGUGGAAGCAAAAACUGUCAACUCAGAGGAACAUGCAAAAUGUUCAAACAAUGUUUCCGAACUUGAGACUGGCCCUAUGGAUCUCUCAAUGACAGGGAAGAAGAAACCUGAGCCACGUUCCCCAAGCCUUGAUGUUGAAGGCCCGUUAGACCUCAGUGCCAGAUCUAGUCCCAUCGAAUCAGUAAAAAAACUCCCUCAGAAAGCAUUUAACAACUUCGAACCGGUGAAUCUUUCAAAAAGUGAACCAGCACCAGUGAAUCUCAUAAAGACUGAGCAAGUUGAAAAUGGCUUCAGAGCAGCAAUGGACUCAAAGACUCUACCAUUGAAUCUGGCCAUACCUUCUCACCCGUCACACCCUGCAUUUUAUCCAAAUGGGUUCCCAUCUCACCCAAUGAUGGCCGGAGCAAAUCCCCAACAGGUGAAGGAUUUCUUUGAGCUGAUGAUGAAGAUGCAGUCCCAGUUUCCCAACCAGAAUCUACUGCAAGCUAACACACAGGUGAUGCAAUUUCAGGCCAUGAUGCAGAGUGCAAUGUUGAACAACAGCAUGCUGGCGAUGAAAGGCCUGAGCAACUACCAUCAUAGUACGCCCGUGAAAAAUGACAAGAAUGCCAACAUCAUAAAAGCUGAGACGCCGGAAAGAAAAUAUGAAGUUUCCUCACCUACGCACUCAACCAAUGGUUUUUUCACCUCCAAUAUGGACUAUUUCUCAAAGAAUUUGAUUUCAUCAAGUCCUUUUCUUGCGGGCUAUAAUGGCUUCCCAGGAAGUGUCCCGUUCGUUCCAAACCUCUUGGAACAGAAACCAGGUCCUGGUCGACGAAAGCGUGUCAAGGAAAACAGCGGCUCUCAAGGUCAAGUGAUCGAAAGAACCUCAAUACCAAAAAUAGAAGAUAUCCCUGCUUUGAAGAAUUUAACGGAUUCCAGUUCUCCUGAAGAUAUCGUGGAGACUUUGAAGGCACUGUUCCCGGUGCAGCCCCCGAAGGCAGAUGCAGUGCACACAUACGGCACGGAAGAAAAUCCUGUGCGGUUCUUCGUAAAAGAUAAUGAGCAGAUACAGACGAUUGUGGAUUCUCUACUUGUCAUCUGCGAAAUAAAGGAUAUCAGGGCCAUUAUUGACCAAACGAUAAGUAGACUUAUAGUCUAA